CACAUUGCCCGAAAGAAUGUGAAUUAACUCAGACCUACUCUCACAGAACCGGUAUUGGAUUCUCGACUUCAUCCACACAGGAAACAUAAGAAAAUAGCCUACUUAGUUGGCGAACAGUUUAGUCGUAGGUAGGGUAACUUUACUGCUGCUUUGUUUUAUGGAGGCUAUUUCAAAUUAUUCGAGAAUAUCGGGUUAUUUUGGGAGAGAGCAUUGAACAGCGUUUCACUUCGCUGAUAUAUCGAACAUUUAACUUUUUCUACAAAGCUAAUUAACCUACUGAACUUCGAGAGAUGGACGAGAUACGUUGCUUUUCCUCAAACAGAAAUAUCUUGUGCUUAUUUGAUGUGGAUGGCACGCUGACAUCACCAAGAGAGAAGAUCGACCCGCAGCUGGAUGCUUUUUUCCAGUCCCUGCGGAAAAAGGUGAAGAUUGGUGUGGUGGGAGGGUCAGACUACAGCAAGAUUGCAGAACAGUUGGGAGAUGGCGAUGAAGUAAUCCACAAGUAUGACUACGUGUUUGCUGAGAAUGGAACGGUGCAAUACAAAGAUGGCAAGCUCCUCUCCAAACAGGCUAUUCAGAACCAACUGGGAGAGGAGCUUCUGCAGGAUCUCAUCAACUUCUGUCUGCGCUAUAUGGGAUUGAUCAAACUGCCCAAGAAAAGGGGCACUUUCAUUGAAUUCCGCAAUGGAAUGUUGAACAUUUCUCCCAUUGGAAGAAGCUGUACUCCAGAAGAGCGCCUUGAGUUCUCUGAAAUUGACAAGAGAGAAAAAAUCCGGGAGAAAUUUGUUCAAGCCCUUCAGCAGGAGUUUGCUGGGAAAGGAUUACGUUUCACCAGAGGCGGUCUGAUCAGCUUUGAUGUGUUCCCUGAAGGCUGGGACAAGAGGCUGUGUCUGCAGGUCCUGGAGGCCGAGGGCCUGGAUGCCAUCUACUUUUUUGGCAACGAGACAGAUCUGGGUGGAAAUGACUACGAGAUCUUUGAGGACCCACGCACCAUCGGUUUCACCGUCUAUUCUCCCAAGGACACGGCGAGGCUCUGUCGAGAGCUCUUCUUCAACGGCCCUCCCAAUGAAUCAUGAUGGCCUUGAGAAGGGAAGAGCAACGUCCUUCCAGGAAUAGACUCUCUUGCCUCUACGUUUGGGAGUGCACUGGUGACAAGUGCUCCUUCAGCCAAACCAAGGGAGCAUCACCUUCAUCUCUACAUAGUGUACAGACCACUACUGAUUUUAUAAUAUAUAAUUUAAUAUAUAUAUAUAUAUAUAUAUAUAUAUAUAAUAUAUAUUUUUGUUUUCACUGUCAUUGUGAAUGAUGAUGGUGAUGAUCAUCAUUCUGGAGUACUGGAACUUUUAAAGGGAUCAAUUUCUCAGCACCCCCUUGAUGUGGUGCUCGCCACUUUGUGGAAUUUUUUUGGUACAAAUGACUUUGGCCUGUUGCUUUUAAAGCUGAGAGCUCUGACAAAGAUGGACAAUGGAUGAACAAAAUAGCUUUGUUUCUAAUCUCUGUUUUGUGUCUGAUCCUGUGGAGGGAGGGGAGGGAGGGUAUUGUGUUUCAAAUCAAAGUCGGAUAAUAUUUCUCAUGGUUAAAUAUUCACAAGCCUCCAAGACUUGUACAUGUAGAUAAUCCAUUGUGAAUGCCACUGCAUCAGUGUGGGGUGUGUGUACUAGUUUUGCACUCAGACUGACACAGUGAGCAUACUUUGUUGGGGAUGAUCAGUUUACAUUGUGAAUGUAGCAAGUGAGGUGAGUUAUUCAUUUCAAAGGUGCACCUUGUAAUAAUGAAGUUAGCUAAAAGUAGCAAGUGAGUGAGAAGACAAAGAGAGAGAGUGACAGAGACAGAGUGGGUGGGAAAGAAGAUUGUUGCCAAUGUAUUUCUCCUUAAUUGCGACGGCGGAGCAAAACAUUCCCAGCAGACAGUGUUCAGUGAAUCAUUCCCCUUUACUGAAAGCAACAGCCAGCCAACAGAAUACAAACAGCAUGUAACUUGUGGGACAUGGGUGCUUAUCCCAGUGACUGAUGUUUUGUAUACUAUUUAUUAUUAGUCCUCUGCCUUGCAAGAGCUACAGGGCAGAGUAGGUAAUUGAUUAGGAGUCUACAAUUGUUGUCUACAAAGCAAAGACAAUAUGUCAAAUUGAUUAUGUAAAUUGAAAUGUGAAUUGUACAUGUUGACAUAUCGUAGACAACUGUGCUACACAUCUAUAGCAGAAGCCAUAGGCAGGAGUCACCACAUAAAGCAUGAUUACUCUCCAGCUAUCUUGCAUUCUCAUACUUCAUUACUCCUUCGGAUGAGUUGGAAUGUCAAAGUAGCAUCCAUGUAAACACUCCCACCACUGUGAGGGAAAAAAUCAUUUACAGGCUCUCUGUGUGUGUGUGUGUAGGAUAUGAUUGUUGACAGACACACAAACACAUCCUGCGGUAACAAGUGAGACCAUUGUGUGGGUGGUGUGGGUUAUUAGCAUUGUAUUGCAGGGUUAUCCCACCACAUUAUUUGAGUUUGCAUUCAUACACAAAGUGUAUAGUUUAAAUGUAAAGUACAUCACGUCAAUAAAGAUUUUCAAUCAA